GAAAAAGAAGAGAAGAAGAAGAAGAAGAAGAAGAAGAAGAAGAAGAAGGAGGAGAGAGAGAGAGAGAGAGAGAGAGAGAGAGAGAGAGAGAGAGAGAGAGAGAGAGAGAGAGAGAGAGAGGGCUAA